UCUCCACGACCCACCACUCCCCCUUCCUCUCUGCUCCAGACCAAGUUGUGACCGUAUUGGGUUGGGGAUUCACCGGGCCGUGAUGGCGAUGGUGAUGAGGAGAUCAGUAACGGCACUUAGCCUGAGCCAGAGCUCCCUCGCGCCAAGCUCGAGGCUGGGACGCUGCCGAAUCCGUCGCGCCAUGUGCUCCGGCGCGUGGCAGGAGGGGGAGUCCGAGGCGGCGGUGCGCGACGUCGUGUGCUUCGGCUCCGGGAGCCUGGACGAGGUGGGAAGCAGGCUGGAUCGCCUGAACUUUGCCAUAUCGCCGGCCCUGGUCAGGCGGGUGAUCGACUCGUGUAGCGAGAGGAGUGAUUCGGGCAGGAGGUUGCUGCGGUUCCUGUCGUGGUGCCGCUCCAAGGACCCCGCCGGAUUGGGGGAUGAGGAGCACGACAGGGCGAUUGCGGUGCUUGCACGGAUGGGUGACCUCACUGCGAUAAAAAUCGCCGUUGGAGAUGGGGAGAAGGAUGGGCGGAGGAUGGCCCCGGAGACGUUCACCGCCGUGGUCGAGGCUCUUGUCAAGGCAGGGAAGGAGGAUGAUGCUGUUAGGUUGUUCAGAGGCUUGGAGAGGCAGAAAUUGCUGCCUCAGCAAGGCCCGGGUGCUGGAGGGGAAGGCAUAUGGUGCAGCAGCCUUGCCAUGGUCCAGACAUUGUGCAUGAAGGGCUAUGCUCGCGAGGCGCAGGGUGUUGUGUGGCACCAUAAGAGCGAGCUCUCAGCGGAGCCCAUGGUCAGCAUCGUUCAGCGUAGCCUCCUCCAUGGAUGGUGUGUCCAUGGAAAUGCUAAGGAAGCUCGGAGAGUCCUUGAUGAUAUCAAGUCCUCAGGCUGCCCAUUGGGAUUGCCGUCGUUCAACGACUUUCUAAACUGCGUGUGCCACAGAAAUCUCAAGUUUAAUCCUUCUGCGCUUGUUUCUGAGGCCAUGGAUAUCUUAACUGAGAUGAGGUCCUAUGGUGUUACCCCUGAUUCCUCCAGCUUCAACAUUUUACUCUCUUGUUUGGGACGAGCAAGAAGAGUGAAAGAGGCAUACAAAAUCCUCUAUUUGAUGAGGGAAGGAGAAGAAGGGUGCUCACCUGACUGGGUUAGCUACUAUCUUGUAGUUAAGGUCCUCUAUUUGACCGAUAGAAUUAUCAGAGGGAAAAGGCUUGUAGAAGAUAUGCUUGAAAGUGGGGUGCUUCCGACAGCAAAGUUUUUCCAUGGCCUCAUCGGCAUCCUUUGUGGAACAGAGAAAGUUGAUCAUGCUCUUGACAUGUUCAAAAUUAUGAAGAGUUGUGGGUUAGUGGACACUCAUACAUAUGAUCUGCUUAUAGAAAAGCUUUCUAGGAGUGGUAGAUUCGAGGUUGCAAAGGAGUUAUGGGAUGAUGCUACUAAGAAUGGCAUUGUGUUAGGGUGCUCAUCGGAUCUGUUGGAUCCCUUGAAGACAGAAGUAUUCAGACCAGUUCGUCCUGCACAAAGACAGACCUCUCAGAACUGUAAGAGCUUGAUCCCAACUAAGAAGGGUACUGCUGCUGGAGCAAUAAAUAAGUAGGAUACUCUGUCCCAGGACAAAGCAGGGAGUCUAGUUCUGUUUUGAGUGCACAUUGAACUUUAUGGACAUAUCUGAGGAG